UCCGAGCGGCGCCCGUGGGACCGAGGUGGCGGCGGCGGCGCGGCGCGAGCAGCCGCAGCCGCAGCCCCCGAGUCCCACCUCUUGCGGCCCCUUCUCCGCGGGGCAGCUCGCCGGAGUGGCCAGCGCGUGAAAAGAAGGGCGGGCAGAGCUCCGGCGCGAGGCGCGGCGCAGCGCGGCUCCCAGAUUUCACCCCGCCCAGCUUUGGCGACCGCGGCCGCCGCAGGAAAACUGCCCCAGCCUGGGGAGGAGGGCGGGAAUGCAAGAUCAGGACCCCUCAAUGGCCUGCAAGAUUUGGUCUCGACAGCUAGGAAACUCGUGCGGGCCGAGUCUGCAGAUCCCGGAGCGCCCGGUUUAGGAGACGCUUAGCCCCGCGCAACUGGGGUAAGACCUCCCACCUGGCCGAUGCUCCCUCCUCAAACAGAACUACAGCCUCCUCCUCCAGACGCCCCGGUGGGAGCCGAAGCGCAGCGGGGCUCUGUGGACCAGCCCUUAACAACCCGGGACUAAGACGGGGCGUAGAGAGGAACAGCCAGAGACGCGGCGGCAGCGACGGGCGCCCCGAAGUGCAGGGGACGCGCCCGCCGGCCUCGCCCUUGACCUCUAGGUUCACCUGGGAACCUGGGUGGAGGAGUAAUUGAGGAACCCACGGAUCCGACUAGCCACCAGGGGACAAGACUCUGGUCCCUUCAGCGGUCCUUUCCUCGUCCUCGUCCGCUCCAUGCCCGAGAGCUGCGCUUGGAGAGACAUGGAGGAAGCGGGCCCUCAGUGUGCCCCGCCGCUGUCCGUGAGCUCCCAGACGGGGCUUUCGCAAGCCAACGUCUCUGCUGCUCCCUCCCACAACUGCAGCGCCGAGAGCUACAUUUACCAGGACUCCAUAGCCCUGCCCUGGAAAGUAGUACUGGUCGUGCUGCUGGCGCUCUUCACCUUGGCCACCACGCUCUCCAAUGCGUUUGUGAUCGCCACUGUGUACCGGACGCGGAAGCUGCAUACCCCCGCCAACUACCUGAUCGCCUCCCUGGCGGUCACCGACCUGCUGGUAUCCAUCCUGGUCAUGCCCGUCAGCACCAUGUACACGGUCACGGGCCGCUGGACGCUGGGCCAGGUGGUGUGCGACUUCUGGCUGUCAUCGGACAUCACCUGUUGCACUGCUUCCAUCUUGCACCUCUGUGUCAUCGCCCUGGACCGCUACUGGGCGAUCACGGACGCCGUGGAGUACUCGGCUAAAAGGACUCCCAAGAGGGCGGCGGUCAUGAUCGCGCUCGUGUGGGUCUUCUCCAUCUCCAUCUCGCUGCCGCCCUUCUUCUGGCGUCAGGCCAAAGCCGAGGAGGAGGUGUCGAACUGCGUGGUGAACACGGAUCACAUCCUCUACACUGUCUACUCCACGGUGGGCGCUUUCUACUUCCCCACCCUGCUGCUCAUCGCCCUCUAUGGCCGCAUCUACGUGGAAGCCCGCUCCCGGAUUUUGAAACAGACGCCCAACAGAACCGGCAAGCGUCUGACCCGAGCCCAGCUGGUUACUGACUCGCCCGGGUCCACGUCUUCCGUCACCUCCAUUAAUUCGCGGGCUGCAGACUUACCCAGCGAAUCGGGGUCUCCUGUGUACGUGAACCAAGUCAAAGUGCGAGUCUCCGACGCCCUGCUGGAGAAGAAGAAACUCAUGGCCGCUAGGGAGCGCAAAGCCACCAAGACCCUGGGAAUCAUUUUGGGAGCGUUCAUUGUGUGUUGGCUGCCCUUCUUCAUCAUCUCCCUGGUGAUGCCUAUCUGCAAGGAUGCCUGCUGGUUCCACCUGGCCAUCUUUGACUUCUUCACGUGGCUGGGCUAUGUCAACUCCCUCAUCAACCCCAUCAUCUAUACCAUGUCCAACGAGGACUUCAAACAAGCACUCCAUAAACUGAUACGCUUUAAGUGCACAAGUUGACUUGUCAAUUGCAGUGGGGUCGCCUAAGUGGCCUUUGGGGGACCAUGUUGUGUCUGGUUCCACAGGUAGGUCGACUCUUUGACUGUUACUGGGUCGGAGUGAGGCUCUCUCUUGUGAGCAAGGGCAAUGGAUCCUGAGAAGCCAGGACAGCCCUGCGAGAGCUCUAAAGGAGAACUGUUCAAACAGCUGAGGAGGGGGCUCACUUUUUCCCCUCAAACCCCAGUUUCAGCACCGACCCUGCCACAGCCCAUCGCAAGGGGGGUUGCAACUUUCAGAAAAUCGAUGACGGAAAAGGGAUCCCUGCCCUGCUUUGGUAUCAUGGAUGAUGCCCCCUAGAACCAGAAGUACUUGUAGUUCUUGUCUGGAGCCUGUCUGAGACAUGAUCUACAUACAGCCUGGUAGUACUUGAACUAGACACUAAUACCCUGUGUUUGGGGGAGAACUUUGUGUUACAGCUUCGUUUAAGAACAGUUACUUUGGCAUCCUUCAGUCUUCAUUCAGUUUUUGUUCAUUUAAACUUGAUUGGAGAAACUUGUGGAUUUGGUGCUUCAAACCCUAUGUGUGGCUUGAAGAGUUAACAGCAAAAUUCUGAUGUUAAGAUCUCUAUUUUUAUUAUAAUUGAAACUAUAUGGGGUGGGGGGUGGAUGGGGGCAUUAAGCUGAAAACCAAUGCCUGUGAUUGUUUGUUGUCUGCAGAUCUCUAAUUUUGUAAUUCCUGUGUAGUGAUUGUCAAACCUCAUUCCUUAACAACUCAAACAAAAUGUUAUGUGUGCUAGUGCCAAAGUCUGCAGAUUGCUUUUUCCUCCUAAUUUCAUGUACCUGUCAUUUUACACAAUUAAAUCCCCAGAAAUGGGGGAUAUGAUGGGUGACUCAACCCAA